UAGUAAAGGCAAGGAUUAUAAAAAAAAGAGGGUACAAAGUUUUUAUACCGCAAGUUUAUAAAAAAUGUCCGAAGUUUAAACGUCCAAAUCCAUCUUCCACAAAAUUUUAUUCUUAUCUUUUUGAUGUAAUUAACAGCAGACCUUUUCACCUUUCCCUUUACAUCUAUAUUUUUCUCAUACGCAGCUUAUAAUGUGUCAUUAUAAUUCGAUAAAAGGCAAUUAGCUAGGCGGAGCUAACACACUUGAGGUAAUACCGGAUAUUAUCAAGAUAUCAAUUAGAAAAUUGUGGAAAAAACAUUUUUAUGGUAUUUUAAUAUAGAUACGAACUUUUAUUAAAUGUGGUAUGCUGAAAAAAGGACUUGAGAGUCUUCAAUUACGAUGCUUAAACAGGUCAGUUACGAUAUAAACAGAUUGGCUUUAGAAUUCUUCAACUGAAUUGUGUUGAAUAUAUAGAUAAGACCACAAACAAUGGUUUCUAAAAUUUGGUCCAAAAUUUUGCUUUUUGGUGGUUUGUGGGUAAUCGUAAAUUGCCGAAUGAACGUGAAGCAAUGUGAAGAAUACAAAGGAAAGAUAUGUGAUCAACUUGAUUAUGACGAGAAGAAUCAAACUAUCCUCGUUUAUGUUCAUCAACAAUACAGCCAAGAUGAAAUUGAGAAACAUUUAAAAAAAAUGUUGAACAAGCUAGAAGAGCACCCAUAUGUGUCCUGUGUCACUCUCAUUAAACAAGUUCUUUGUCACCGUCUCUUUCCUGUUUGUCGUCAAAAACAAGGAAAAGCAUACAGCGUCCAACAAACUUGCAGACAGGAUUGUGAAAAGGCAAAGAAUUCGGUUUGUUAUUCUGCAGUAAAAGAUAUUCCAGAGCUAUCAGAAAGACUGUUGGGUGUUAGUUGCAUGACAUUGCCUUUUGUGCGCUGUCUUCAUUUGGAUAUUCCAAGCACACAGAUAACUGCUGAAUAUUCAUGUCAAUUAGGAAACUACCAAGUUGGAUCUACGUUGGAAAAAGUAAAUAUACUUCGCAACUCUCUACCAUUAUCUUCUGAAAAAAUUUCAUACAAAAAAUACUCAGUAGCUAGUGCGGCUAAUUGCCAACGAACAAGAUGUGUUCGGACAGAAACCGUUUUGUCACACCUUCUAAAAGAUUUAAAAAUAAACAAAAUCAGACAAUUAAGAAAUCUGAUCAUCGAAAAACAAAAAAACAGAUUUAUAAAUGGUUACUGUUACAGAAACUGCUCUACAAAAUCUGGAUAUAUCCAGCUAUUUAAAACAAGAAUUGGAAACAUAAAACAAUAUAUGAUUGAUAAAUAUUUAACUUUAAGUAAUAUGGAUGUAUACAUUGAAAAAAGCACGGAUGGUGUGUCUGUCACGGGUAAAGGUGUUUAUAAUCUCUGCAAUCUCUGCGGUACAUUAUUUCGAUAUAACUUGUGGCCUGAAAAAAAUGGGAUCACAAUUAUGCAUUCAAUAUCUAAUCAAGCAAUACAUAUGUUGGUUAUUGAACUUUCACACCGAUUAAAACCAUUUCCUCGUGAAAUAGAAGCAAUUUUAACAUACAAACUAAAAGUCAUACAAACACUAAAUCUCACCAAUCCAACCUGGUCUAUAGUCUGGCACGAAGGAAAGAGAUUAUCAGCUUUCAAAGGAGUUUCAACAUUACUAUUUGAAGAAGAGAGCAUUUCGAAUGCAAAAACUGAAUUAAUGAUAGGCGCAGACUUGAGAUUUUGGUUGGUAAAGGUAACACUGAAGUUAAAUCUAGAUCAAAUACUACGUUCAAUACUUCCAGUUGCCAUAGAGUUCGUCCCCUUUAUUAACAAAAGAUGGUUUACCGAGCUUCCUGUUGACCAGGUCGAGUAUACAUUUGCUACUGAUGGUGUCGACGUUUCAACAACAGAGUACCUUAAACAACACUACUCCCUGUAUAAGGAUUUUCAAGAUGGAAAAAUACAUCGAGGUAUGCGCAUCAAAUUUCAAGGUAGAACGAGAAGACCGAAGACAAAUGCGAUCGAGUUGCCUUUGCUGGAAGAUGAGACGCUGUUUCAGGUUGCAAUUGAUGUUGAUAAGAAUGAGAAUACAAUGUUUGAAGCACAAUUUGAAGAAGAUUCAACAGUUUCAUGUGUCAGUAAAAUGGCAAAUCGUCGACAUUGGAAUAAUUUCAUCAGAAGAAUAAAAACAAUGCAAAGAAAAUCAAAUCAUGCUGAAAACGCUAUAAUCAAAACACAAGCAGAAUGCGAGCAUUGUUGCGAUUCAAAUGCUUAUACCUUACUUUCAAUCAAAGGCAACACUUAUCAAGAACAUAGAUUUUUACUGACACGAGAAAUAAAUUACUUUGUAGAUUGUGAGGUUAGAAUAUCUGUAAAAAAUACAAUUUAUAAAUAUGUUAUAAAGAAAUAUAAAGUUUACACCUUGUAAAUAGGAGAUAAAUUUCGUUUAUUGGACAGUUUUUUUGCUUUGACUGAGGAUGCCAUACAACAUAAAUUAUCUGGAACUACUCUUAAAACAGCAUAGCAAAACAUGGUCAAACUCGUUCAUGAUUGCUGUUUUACAAUGAAAUUAUAAAAAACCUGACAAAUCCAUAUCUCUUAAAUAUUCCAAAGCAAAACGUUUAUAUAUUUCAUUUAGAAAAUAAUUAUAUGUUGUCUAUCUCUAGGGUGUAAAUUUUAACGUUUAUCACUCACGGUAACUAUAAUGUUUUGGAAAAUGACUACAUAAUUUCGGAAUCAGUGCUACAUUCUGACUCUCUCAAUACUUUGGAGAACAACAUCACUAACUAUAGCUUUUUUUAGAGUUCUAAUGAUUGAAGAUUACCUUCAAACAAAUAGAAACUUUGUUAAUUAUUUCACUUUAUUUCAAUUUAUACUAUAUGCACAUUUAUUUAACAUACAUGUAAGAUACCAAGAUAUAUUUUUAUCCAUAGCAAAUUGCAGACAGAAUGUAAAGUAUAGUGCACAAAUAAAUACCAUUGCUUAUCUCUCUCUGCUAAUAUUUGUAAA